GUCGCAUCACCUAGGGUUUUUUCAGGAGGCCCAACGACCAUUCCGUCGCUCACCGCCGGUGAGGCGGCUCGUGCCGCGCUCAACGCACGGCCCCGGGCAGGAGGACGGGCCAUCUCCCAGACGGCCGAUGUUCCCCGCUCGGGAGGCAUCCACCGCGGCGGAUCAGCCCCCACCCGUCGCUCGCCACCCGGUGCUUGACCCCCGCCCGAUGCUCGGCACCCGCCCGUCGCAAGCCCGUCACUCGAGAGUCAUCCGCAGCGGCGGAUCGGUCCCUGCCCGUCGCUCACCCUACGGUCGUCCCUCCAAAGUAGGUAAUAGGACUGCCAUGGGCCCUCGAGUACGAUCAGGAAGCGCUCGUCUCCGUCGUCGUCGCCACGGACAUGGAGUACUUCGCCUUCGAGUUCGACCGGGACGCGCUCGUCUCCGUCCUCAAGCUCUGUGGCUGCCUUGCGCCCGCCCAGUCGUCCCAAUGGCUGCAUGGCCCACGCUUGCGACUAGCACGUCAUCGACAACUAUCAUCUGCAGCGACACCGAGGAUACCACAGCAGCAGGCUGGACCAAGCCAGCCGCCCUCUCCAUUGCUGCCUUGAAGGUGUUCGAUGAAAUGUGGAGUUAUCAGCCCUGUUUGACAGCUGCCGAGUUAGAGCCUGCCCCACAAUUUGUCUCCUUGCUUUAUGCUGUGAAGUCUGCAAUGGCCCAGUUCAGAGAGCAGGAGGAUAUGCGUUUUGUCAUUUAUCCCAAGAAUGCAGAGGGGAGCAAGUUGAGCAGGAACUCUCAGCUUUCAAUCUGGGUCCUUCCCAUGGCCUCAAUGAGCCAGCAAGUGUUUGAUCGAGGGAAGUUCGAGAAGGGCUGCAACAUAAUCUCAUUUCAGAUGGCUGUGAUACAUGUUGGUACAGAAUGUGUUCUUGAGCAAGUGACCAGAUCAUUGGGCAGUGCUGCACAUGAUUGUUAUCCCUUCUUUUGCAGUGAUGUUGAGCAAAGGAUAUGCAUUCAGUCAUUUGGGCCAUAUGCUUUGAGUUGCGGACAAGGAGUUCACCUUAGGCAUCUCUGGCUAGAUAUUCAUGUGAAAAUCAUAGGCAGUACAACAAAGUGGAAUCCUUGGCCUCGUACUCUGCACUUUGGUUGCUCAGCUAGUGGACCUGAUGAUUUGCUGCCAUGGCCAUGGCCAUGUCCAACAGAACUAAAGAUUACACAUGAUGGGGCAGAGUUGUGGCCUGCAACUUUACAGCAAGCUUGGGAUUUUGCAAUGAGGCUAGAAGCUAUCAGGUCAUUGGUCUGUGUUGCAGAACGGUGGAAGUCUCAGUAUAGUAUUGUCCACUGCAGUGCAUACUGGCAAGAGGUCAUUGGCAGUAGAUGUGAUAUCAGGCUUCAAUCUUGGCCAACAGCUCCUGCUAAUGGCAUUGUGCUACGAGAAAUAGUUGGACCAGACUAUGGCAUUUGUAGCACUGUUAGGUGGUGGAUGGAGACUGAGCAGGCCCUGCACAAGGCUAUCAACAUGAUGGAGCUGGUGAUUCAGAGUAACUUGUUGAAUUCUUUGUUGGGUGCCGUGAACAGGGAGAACAAGGGCAUUAUGAUUGGAUACUCCAGUACAAAGUUUGAUCCAGUUGCAAGGUGGACUAAUCAUAUCCAAGUGAAGCAUUGUGAUAUCUUGACUAGCACUCCCGGAAAUUCUGGAUGGCACCAUCAACAACAUGUACUUGGGUCUCAAUAUAUUCACUUCAGGGUAGAAGUGCUCCACAUUAUGCUGAAGUGGAGUCUACUGCAAUUCUAUGCUUCUCCUGGAGUUCCACGUGACAAGACUGCAUGUUCACUAGUUAGGCUUACUGGGGACAGUGCUAAUAUUUCACUACUGAAAGCAUUUGCUAAGCUCCUGAAUAUUUUUGAGGUAUCUACUGAUUGGAGCAUCAAUCGCAUCGCAGCCAAAUGUGUGAUCAAGUAUUGUUGGGGCACAACUGAAGAGGAUAAGCAAUCGGAGAAGCAAUGUUCGUAUGCAUACCAAAUCAUGCUGCCUUGAGAUCUAGGUGUUGUAAAGCAUAACUUCAAGAAUUUCUUAUCAUCGGCUUGGGGGCAAGCCGAUUUUCAAGGGAGGAGGAAUGUCAUGACCUAGGUAGGUAAUAGGACUGCCAUGGGCUGUUGAGUAUGUUCAGGCCAUAGGCCGGUGGGAUGUAUUGGGCCUGAGGCCAUCUAUGUACUGCUACAUAUAUACCUGGUCGCUUUGCUGAAAGAGGCAUCGACGAGAACAUAAUAACUGAACCUCUGAAUCCCUCUCUGUUCUUCA